CGCGAGCUGAGAGUAGCACGUGAACUUUCCGUGCACGGACACCUGGAAUAUUUCUCUGGGUUUGAAAGGGAAUCCGAUAUCUGGACGCUGCAACUACUGUGCUGCCAAGGUAUAGUGAGAGAGGAGAUACAAAAUCUUAGUAAGAAGAGGGGGAACAGGACCUGGAAAUUACAUGAGCCAGUCUCUAACGCGCCAACACCACCACGCGACAUGUUGGAGCACGUACAUGACCCGCCAGGCCACGUCUCCAUCAAUUGAGUUCUAAAUUAAUGAACCAAGUUGCUACAAACCAUUAAAACACUGUAAACGGCCACAGAAAUGGCGAGCUGGUUACCGGUGGUCCUACUUGUGCUACAUGUGACCAUUGCUUUCUCAGAGGAACCCAUACAGGAGUUUUCCACAGAUACGCCCAUCAAUAACGCAGUACAGGACCCUUACACGGGGCGUGUUUACCUGGGUGCGGUCAAUGCCAUUUAUCAACUGGACUCUUCUCUACACCUGGAAGCCAGGGCUGAAACGGGGCCCAAGAAGGAUGCGAGGGGUUGUACACCGCCUGUGUCUACCUGUCAGGAUCUUAAAGACACUAAUAACACCAAUAAACUCUUGCUAGUUCAUUCGGCUAAUGAGUCGUUGAUAGUUUGUGGGAGUUUAUAUCGAGGAAUCUGCUGUCUGCUAAACCUCACCAAUGUCAAAGAGCAGAUGUACUACAGCGACAGUAAAGGUGAGCGGACCUACGCCACUAGCACCGAGGAGCACGUUUCCGUGGUUGGCGUCAUGGCCACGCUUGAAGUUGAUGAUAAACCAUUCAGCGUCUUUUUGGUUGGGAAGGGCUACGGAAGCAUGGACAGCUCGAAACUCAUCAGCACCAGAAUCGUGCAGAAUUAUCGCGAAUGGGUUGUGUUCGAAAGCAUAAUUGAGGCUUCAACUGUCCAAGCUGUCCCGUUUUUACCCAAGUACCUACACGAUUUCCGAUUUGCAUUUAAAAACGAAGAGUACGUUUUCUUUGUCUUCUCGCGCACUCUUGGCGGAACGGACAAUAAAAACUUUACUUUCAUUUCUCGCCUCUGUGAGAACGACAAUCACUAUUACUCAUACACAGAACUUCAGCUCAACUGCGGCCCGAACAAUCGCUACAACAAAGUCCAGGCUGCCUACGUCACUGAGCCGGGAAAAGAGCUGGCCCAUGCCAUGUCCAACUUGGGAGAGAAUGGAAAUGUUCUGGCCUGGGAUAAAGUCUUGUUUCUGGUCGCUAGCUCAGAGGAAGGGGGUACGGAGUCAGCACUGUGUAUGUACCCCCUUAAAAACAUCAACCAGAAGCUGUUAGCCAUCGUUAGUGCUUGUUACACGGACAACGGCAAGAUUGAUGGCAAAUUAGUUGUGGAGAGUCCUUACACGUCCAGCACUAACGAUCCAUGUGUCAAACACGACAAAGACAUUGUGAACAAAUAUAAGUGUGGAGCCGAUUUUCUCCCAUCUCCAUUGGCCAGCCGGCAGGAGUUUGCCUUGAGGGCCAAUCCCAUCUUUAUCAGACAGAACCUGUUGACCGCAGUGGCUGUAGCUGUGGAGAAUGACCACGCCAUUGCGUUUCUGGGACACAAUGCAGGAGAGGUAAUUAAGGUACAUUUGUCAAGUCAGCCAGAGGCGUACAACCCCGGACCCGGCUACAAAACCAGUGGUUACGUAAACAAGAACCUUUUCUUUGACAAAACCCAGGCGCACUUGUACAUCACCACAGAGAAAAAGAUCACUAAGGUGCCUGUUCAGGCCUGCCAUCUGAAGACAGACUGCCAGUCGUGUGUGGCACAGAGAGAUCCAUAUUGUGGCUGGUGUGUACUGGAGGGAAGAUGUACCAGGAGAUCGGAGUGCAGCCGUGCGGAGGAAAAGAACGGUUGGCUAUGGAGUCCAAACCAACAGUGUGUGAAAAUCGUGUCUUUCCACCCGCCGAAUCUCAGCUGCUUGAAGUCCCAGCAGGUCGAGAUAAAUAUCCGAGCGCUGCCGAUCCUCAAAGAUUCCGACCGUAUCAACUGUGUCUUCGGCUCUUAUCACAGUAACGGCAGGAUGGUGGACGGACGAGUCAGUUGCCAAUUACCGGAGCAGCAUCUCAUACCGCCCACACCUGAGCAACAAGAUUUCGUGGCUGUCCCGGUCAAGAUCAUCGUGAACGGCAGCGUGGAGUUCGCGUCCAGUGAAUACAAGUUCUACAACUGCGCAGCUGCGGUACACAAGGCAGAAAAUACGCCUUGCACUUCCUGUGUAAGCAGCAAUUGGGGAUGCCAGUGGAACAUUGCGGCACACACCUGCACAGAUUGGAACGAUGCAGAAACCGGGGUUAAUAUAGUCAAACCCAGACAGGUCAAGAGCUGCCCACGGUUUGAGAAUCCAGAUCCUGUCCUUAUUCCGGUCGGUUACAAAACACGAAUCAGUUUCGAGGGCAUUAAUUUGGACCCAUACAAGGGCCGCGAUUUCACCAUCGGAACAGAGCUGAUGAAGUUUGAGGAAGAUGUGAAGACCGAAACGGGGCCCUUCUACUCUUUUAGUGGAUAUGAGUUUUCCUUUGAUAAAGCUCACGAGACCAGCAUUCUGUUCCAUGUACGGGAUAAAUAUACCGGAAAGAAGAUAGACAGCAGUCUUAAUGUCACUCUGUAUAACUGCUCUCUGGGACGUGAAGACUGCAGCCUGUGUAAAAAUGCCGACCUGAAAUAUCAGUGUGUUUGGUGCACACAGGCCAGCUCCUGUGUGUAUGACCAUCUCUGUGCUUCUAAAGAGCCCGAGGAGUGUCCCGACCCUAAGAUCACUGAUAUCACGCCAAGAUACGGGCCACUGAAAGGGGGAAUUGCGGUCACUAUUAAGGGCUCGAACCUAGGAAUUCAGAGAGGGGACAUUAGAAACAUCACGGUAGCCGGAGUGCCGUGCAGACACCUGGUGGAACGGUACUCUGUCUCAACCAGUGUGGUGUGUGAAAUCGGUCCGGCAAAUCUUUACAAAACUGGUGAGGUCGAGAUAGAGGUGGGCAGUGGAAAAAAAGGAGUGUCCACUAAACAUGUCCAGUUUACCUACAGGGAUCCCAUAGCAAAAACUGUGUCCCCUGAUCGGGGUCCUAAAGUGGGAGGAACUAUCCUCACCAUCACUGGGAUGGGCCUGAACACAGCUUCUAAAGAAGAUCUUCACAUCACCGUGGGUGAUGUGCUCUGCAGAGUUGAGACAUUCGGAGAUCAGAUCACCUGUAAAUUGGCGGAGUAUCUUGGCGAUACGGUUCCAUCAGCCCGCCUCACCGUUAGGGUUCAUUAUGGCAGACACACCUCGACUGAUGUCCAUACAGCCUUUCAGUUCUCCAACAACCCAUCUGUGUCUGACCAUCAGCCCAGGAGCAGCUUCAUCUGUGGUGGCAGAAAAAUCGUGGUGGUCGGUUCUGGAUUUGACCUGGUCCAGAAGGCCACUAUCAGAGUUGUGGCAUCUGCAGGAGAAUGGUCUGGACAGACUGCCCCAGUUGAGUUUGUAGAGGGUUCGAUAUCUAAAAAUGACACUGUAAUCAUGUUCGUGACACCUGCAGUCAGCCAGACAUACGAGUCUCAGUUCUUCAGGACAUAUGUUCAGCUUGAUAACCUCCAAAGUGAGCUGACUCCAUUUGAGUAUCACCCUGACCCUGUGUUCGAUCCGCUCAGCAAAAAUGUUAUCACUGAAAACAGUAUGAUAAUCGUCACUGGUCGUGGUUUUUCUAAAGCGAUGACGGCGAAGGAGGCGCAGGCGUUUGUGGGUGAUGUUCAGUGUAACGUGAACACGCUACAGGAUGAUAAAUUAUUCCUUGAUCCGCCCUCAACUGCACCAAGAGCUCGAUCCAAAAGACAGAGACGAGACACCAGUUUGGAACCUCUGGACCUGCUGAUUAAGUUUGGGAAUGGCGAAUGGGUGGUGGGCUCCGUUCAGUAUGAGAGGAAGUACAUUCUUCCAUUGCCCAUCAUCAUCCCAGCGGUGGUGUUUCCCAUGCUGCUGAUUAUCGCCAUCUCUGUCGUCUGCUACAGGAGGAAGAGCCAGCAGGCCGAGAGAGAGUACGAGAAAGUCAAACAUCAGCUGGAGAAUUUGGAGGAAAGUGUUCGGGACCGCUGCAAAAAGGAGUUCACAGAUCUGAUGAUUGAAAUGGAGGACCACACUAAUGAUCUGAGCGAAGGCAGGAUCCCAUUCCUCGACUACAAGACCUACACAGACCGGGUCUUCUUCCUGCCUUCUAAAGAUGGCGCCAACGACGUAAUGAUCACCGGAAAACUGGAUAUCCCAGAAUCCCGCAGGGCUACAGUAACCCAAGCACUGAACCAGUUCUCCAAUCUGCUCAACAGCAAAACGUUCCUCAUCAAUUUUAUCAGAACGCUUGAGGGGCGUCCAGAUUUUAACGCCAGGGCCAAAGUGUACUUUGCAUCUCUACUUACUGUAGCGCUUCACGGUAAGCUGGAGUAUUACACAGAUAUCAUGAGGACGCUACUGCUGGGUCUCAUGGAGGAAUACGUUCACAGCAAGAACCCCAAACUGCUACUACGCAGGUCUGAAACAGUGGUGGAGAGAAUGCUGAGUAACUGGAUGUCUAUCUGUCUCUAUCAGUACCUAAAGGACACUGCUGGAGAGCCGCUGUACAAACUCUUCAGGGCUAUUAAACACCAGAUUGAAAAAGGGCCAGUGGAUGCUCAGGUCAAGAAAGCGAAAUACACACUGAACGACACGGGCCUGCUCGGAGACGACGUGGAGUACAGCAUACUGACGCUUCAGGUGCUGGUGCAGGGGGAGGGGCCUGACAUCACGCCAGUAAAGGUGCUGAACUGUGACACCAUCUCUCAGGUGAAGGAGAAAAUCCUCGAGCAGGUGUACAAAAACCUGCCGUACUCUCAGAGACCCAAAGUAGACAGCGUUACGCUCGAGUGGCGUCCCGGCUCUACGGGGCAGAUUCUGUCUGAUCUGGACGUGACAUCACAGAAGGAGGGCAAAUGGAGACACAUCAACACACUGGCACAUUAUAAUGUACGAGAUAACGCAACACUGGUCCUCUCCAGAGUUCAACACACGCAACAGUCGUAUGACCAAAAUCAUGACAACCAUGAAGAGAGAAAUGCCCUGUUGGAGGAUGAUAAAGUUUUUCACCUUGUUCGACCAGCGGACGAGCUGGAUGAGAUGAAAUCGAAGAGAGGAAGUAUAAAGGACAAGUCCAUGACUAAAGCCAUCACAGAGAUCUAUCUCACCAGACUGCUCUCUGUCAAGGGUACGCUGCAGCAAUUCGUGGACGAUUUAUUUAGCAGCGUUCUCUGUUCAGGUGCCACGGUCCCGCCAGCUGUUAAAUACUUUUUUGACUUCCUGGAUGAGCAAGCGCUGAGACAUGAGAACGUAGAUGAAGAAACCAUACACAUCUGGAAGACCAACAGUUUACCGUUGCGUUUCUGGGUGAACAUUCUGAAAAAUCCUCACUUUAUUUUCGACGUGCAUGUGAGCGAGGUUGUGGAUGCCUCACUGUCCGUCAUUGCUCAGACCUUUAUGGACGCUUGUACGAAAACAGAGCACAAACUCAGUCGGGAUUCUCCCAGCAACAAGUUACUCUAUGCAAAGGAGAUCUCCACCUACAAGCGGAUGGUAGACGAGUACUAUAAAGGAGUUCGGCAGAUGGUGCCCGUCAGUGACCAGGAGAUGAACACACAUCUGGCUGAAGUGUCUCGGGCACACACAGAGAAACUGAACACACAGGUGGCACUUCACCAGCUCUACCGGUACGCCAGUAAAUACUAUGAUGGGAUAAUAAUGUCUCUGGAGGAGGACCCUGCUGCUCAGAGUAAACAGUUAACUCUGAGACUGCAACAGAUCGCAGCAGCACUUGAGAACAAAGUCACUGACCUUUAACCCUGCCAGUGGAUAACACACACAGAGAGAGAGAGAGAGAAUGUGUGUAUGAACACACUGCGUGUGUGCUUAGCAUAUAACUAUAAUCAGAUGUUCAAUUUUUUUCCUGUGUAGAGAGAAAAAGGUUUUAAAAUUGUAUUCUAUAUAUUUUUUAAUGUGCGGUCUUUAUAAGAGGAAAAUAACUUUUUAAAUAGGACGGCCUUGUGUCAAUUCUGUGUAAGAGUUUGUCUGCGUGUGUGUGCGCGUGUGUGUGUGUGUCCGCAACAGGUUGCCUAAAUUUUGACCAAAAGGGAUCCGCCCAGUGUCACUGGUAUGGUCCUACAGCAUAUGUAUGCGGGGGAGGAGCCUACAGUGAGGUCAUAUCUGGUAUCGACCAACCAAAACUGCUAAAAGUGACAUCAUCUCAGAAAAAAAGUUAAAUAAAUAGAUUGCAGUGGAUACUGAACAGUAUGCAGUACACUAGUAUUCCAAUGUCAUAAGCUUCAAUUUUAAUUCAGCUACAUCUGCUAAAUCAACUAGCAGACCCACAGAUAAUCAACGCGGGCAAUAACCAAUAAAAUUUGUCGUCAUAAGGCAUUUCAAUUCAGCUACAUUUAUUUCAAUUCAGCUACAUUGACCAAUGUGCAGACCCACAAAUAAUCAACACAGGCAAAAACAACUAAAAAAUUUGUCGUAAGGCAUUUCAAUUUUAUGUAUGAUGGCACCUGUGAAAAAUCUUUAUUUUCAGUGUUGUGUUAUUUUAGAAAGUUGUUUAAUAUUAAAAGGUCGAUACUGACUGAAUUUAUUGCUAAUUUCGCAAAUUAUACUUCGGUUGUCCGCGAGCUGCUAAGUCUCACAUGCAUGGUGCACGUGACGCAAAUUAUUUCAGCACAGCACAGUACAGAUGAGAAUAUUCAACGCAGGCAAUAACGAAUAAAGGCAUUUAUUUUUACAUUGAUGGUACCCGUCAAGUCUUUAUUUCCAGCGUGUUAUUUAAAAAAGUUUUAAUUCUGAAAGGUUCAGUACUAACUAUACAGCACUAUUUGUCUUAAAAGUCCAAAGUAUAUUUCCGUUUUCUGCGUGCCGCUAAGUCUGACAGACAAAUUAUGCAAAUUAUGUCGUCUGCACCAGGGAAUGUUUAUGACUUGCAAAGACCCCUGGGCCAAUUAUCUCCAAGUGCCCCCCUCCAAAUUUUGUUGGGGGGGUUUGUUUUCAUGGCGAAAAUUUGUUGAACAGUUGGGGGGCAAGUUUCAUUUUCAUUUUCAUUGUUGAUGGGUUUUCGAGCGGGGGGGAUCGCCAAACUGAAUCACGCAACCUUAAAGCCCGGGGUCCCCCCGGGCAGUCAAGGGCCUCUGGUAGUCAAGGACCCCUGGGCACUGGCUCCACUGGCCCGGUCGGUAAUCCAUCCCUGGUCUGCACAGUACACGCGUACUGUCUGUGUGCAGCCCAGUUUUUCUAGACACGCUGACAGUGCGCAUCUUUACACGUCAUCACACAUGCACCUGCCGUUGACUAUUAAGGAGUAUUUGUAAGCUAUCUUGGUGUGCGUGCGAUAAAUGCUUUUGUACGGCCUCGCUGUCAAAAGAGUUUACUUUUUCAUUUCAGCUACAUGUACCAAUAGCAGACCUACAGAUAAGCAUAUAAGGCAAUAACUAAUAAAUAAUAUUUGUUCUGAGGCUUUUAAAUUUUAUGUAUGAAGAUAUGUUUGAAAAGUCUAUUUCUAGAGUUGUGAAAGGUUCGAUACUGACUGUAUUUAUUAUGUACAACACAAAUUGUCGAUGUACUGAACAAAUGACAUGUUUCAAGGCCAAAAUAUACUCUGGUUAUCUGCAUGAUGCAAAUUCUGUCAUCAGCACAGUACACGCGUCAUCUGCGCAUGUGCCUGCGGUUGGCUGUACUACAGAGUAUCCCAGUGCAGAUGUAGUGCGCAUGCGUCGAACGCAUCCAUAUGGGCUCUCGGUCCAAAAGAGUAUAUUUUGAAACGCUAGAGUGCUCGACUGUGCGUGAGACGUAAUGGAACGUGGAAAAACGAAGUAUAACUUACACUUUAGUGUGGACGUGCUUUAUAACUAGCAGACCCACAAAUAAUCAACACGGGCAAUAACGAAUAACGAACAUUUCAUUUUUAUGUAUGAUGGCACCUGUGAAAAAUCUUAACAUCACGCGGACAACAAAGUAUACUCUAGCGUUUAGAGACAGUUUUGCAAGUGAUGUUGAGAAAUGUUUAAUUUGACACUUUCUGGCCUCAAAUCUUGGGAGUUUUUCUUUCGUUAGAAUGGUUUCACUGUGAUACCUAGAACGUGAAUGGUUUAAUUUGGCAGGAAGGAUAAUGACAAUUUCUGCUGUGAGAGACCAAACCUAUUCAAACCAGAUAUAUUUUUUUCAUUUACAUUAUUUCUGCAACAUCUACAGUACCAGUUAAAGGAUUUUGAACAGUAUUGAAGGCAAAUGGCUUGCGAUGUUGGACGUUGGGAUUCCUUCUCUUUGAACACAGCUAGGGUGCUUUAAGAGUUGGGCCGUGCUGCUUGGCGUGAAGCGUCUUGGCACGACCCCCCCCCCCCCCCUUCCCCUCCACUUUAAUAAAACCAGUGGGAGCUUCAUUUGAUCGUAACUGCAUGCGUGAUGCUGACUCCUGCUUUCAAAUCCACUAUUUUCCCUUUCUCUUUAAUUUAAAGGGAUAGUUCGAUCCCAAAAAUACAAAUUCUGUCAUUUUUACUCGCCUGCCUUUCAUUCGAAACUUGCAUUCUGUUAUUUUUGUGUGGAGCACAAAAGGAGACAUUUUCAAAUCACAGCUCUUGUCAUACAUAAAUAACCGUGCACAGGUUUGAAACUACAUGAGGGCGAGUAAAUAAUAACAGAAUUUUCUUUUUUGGGUGAACGACUCUUUUAAAGCACAAGCGAAGAUGCAAGUCUCUGUAGUUGAGUGUGAAAUGCUUCUUUAAGCCUUUCUGUAGCCAAAACGUGCCUUAAAGUGUUUAAAUGGGAUUGGUACAGUUGUAUUGAAGAUGUCGAUUUGGGAUUCAAAUGGGGUGGGGGGUAGUUGUUGGGCGUGUAGAGGUCAGAGGUCGUGGCGUAUGUAAAGUGUGGUGUUAACAGUAAGUUCAGUAUUCAGAGAUGUGCUGUAGCCAGAACAUGCCAAUAUAUUUGAACAUGCUGUAUGUAUAGAGCAAAAGCGCAGUUUUUAAUAACGUGCAAAUCUUUUGAGUGUGUGUGUGUGUGUGUGUGUGUGUUUGCUUUUUAGGAGUUUACUGCAUUGGGAAAACGCUUGAGAAUGUCCAUCUAGACAGCUGCCAUUACGUUUGGUCUUUAUGCAAAAAGAUAUAUCGAUUAGCACACUUUUUUUUAUCACUGUACUGACCCAAAAUUGUGUUUAAUUGAUGCGUAUCAACAAAUAAUCUGUACAAAACCUUUUCUUACUGCUGUGCAGUUAAUAUUGUUAUUUUUUGUCCUUAUGAAAAUAUAUGCCUUUGUAUUAAAAUGCUAAUCUGUCUACACUUGUUCUCCUGUGCAUUACGCUCUGAGAAAACUCAGUUUGUUGUUGUUUAUAUCUUUCCUUUUACUUGUGAAUGUGUCGAGAGCAAAGCAUUCUGGGACUUCGGACAGAGAACUGCGAAUGGAUUCAGACACAGCAGCUCUCGGAGGACUGAUCAUGCCACCUGGUCCUUGUUUCAAUAAACAUACCCCUUAA